AUGCGUGGUUUCUCUAUCGUGGCUUCUGCCCUGUGUGCCAGCUAUGUCGCUGCACAGGGGGCUGUUUGCUUUGACGACCUUGAUUGCGCCCUCACUGGACAGGCAAAUGCCAAAUGUGUGAGAGCUCAGGCUGGUGGUAUUACCGGAAAUUGCGCAACCGGUGCAGCUGCUGGGGCAGCAAAGAACCAGGGCAAACAGAAUGCUGCUGCAGACCCUUUGACAGCGCUACUUGGCGGUCUCACGGGAAAAAAGGCCACCGGGAAGGCCACCGGCGCUGCAGCUCCAGCAAAGUCAAAGGCAAAGGCGGCGUCGGGUAAGGGGAAGGGAAAGGGAUCGACAAUUGGGGCCAGGCAAGCUGCUGCUGCACCAGCGGCAGAUCCCAUCGGUUCGGUCUUGGGGACUCUGACUGGCAAGCAAAACGGACAAGCAGCUGGUGCUGCAGCUCCGGCCGGUUCCCAAGCAGCUGACCCCAUCACCGCAGUUCUUGGAACAGCCGCUGGUGUGCUUAAAGGGAAAGGGGCCCAGGUUCUCGGCGCCGCUGCCAACGUCCUUAAAGGCAAAGGUGCCCAGCCUGCCGCCGCCGCCCCGCCUCCCCCUGCCGCAGCCCCGGCUGCUGGAAAGCCUGCUCCUCCAGCCGCCGCUCCUCCGGCCGCCCCGGCGGCUGGAAAACCCUCUUCCCCUCCUGCUGCUGCCCCACCUGCAGCCCCUGCAGCCGGAAAACCGGCCCCACCUCCGGCCGCCGCUCCGCCCCCAGCUGCUCCGGCCGCAGGCAAGCCUGCUCCACCGCCCGCUGCACCUCCAGCUGCCGCUGCUCCUCCCGCUCCGGCCGCGGGCAAGCCUGCUCCCCCACCAGCUGCCGCCGCUCCCGCUCCUCCUCCCGCCGCCGCACCAGCUGCUGGACCUCCUGGCGGACGGCCCAUUCCAGCUUCACCCAGCAAGCGAGCUCGUCGCGUUCGUUUCUAG